UCGAGGUCAUAGUAUAUGUAAAUGUAUAAUCUAUAAGUUAUUCGUAGAUUAUUUCUUUUGUAUAGAAACAUUGUAAGAUGAACAUAUGUCUGGCUGACAGAAUUCUUCUGAUCUCCAACUUAAUCAUCCCCCAUGAAUUGACUGGAUAAUCCGGGCCUAUGUCUUCUUCCAGCCAGAUGUAAAAUCAUUACCUUAGUGGAGCGUCUGUUUGGCUGUGCGGGAUAAAUACAUUCCAAGCCACAUCCGGACAAAUGUUGAUGUUAAAUUCGAUAUAUCGUAAAGAAGAUGAACAGACCAUUAAUAGUUGUGGGAGUGAACAAAAGUAAAAUAUAUUCCGGAUACACGUUUUCUACUAUUUCACAUUUUGAAGAGAACCCUAACCUUGUCAAAUCAUUUUCAUGGAAAUCAGAAAAGUUUUGUAGACUUUCUUUAGAAACACCAACGUCUAUUCUUCUCAAUGCGGAAAAGAGCUUUGAGAGUUUUGGUUACGAGGCAGAAGAUCAGUACAUGUCAUUGACUGAGGAGAUGAAAGAAUCAAAUGUGUAUUUUUUUCAACAUUUUCUUUGUCAAACAAAGUGUUAUCGAAAAAAUGGCGAAAUGUUAGUGAAACCUACAAAUCAUUUUGGUCCCGUUCCGUUAAAAACUCUGUUAAGUCAUUCAUUAUCCUACCUCAUAAAACACUUUUAUUUAGAAGUCAUGAACAGAUUUUCCCCUUUUAAGGAAAAUUACAUUCUAUGGGUGAUCGUUUAUCCUGAUGAAAGCGAAUGGGUUGAUGUACGUUUUACAUUUAAUGAAGCGUGUGUAACUGCGGGUAUAAGUGAGGAAAACUUCGUUCUUGUUGGUGAGAGCCUUGCCGUCAAAUCUUUUGCUCGCCACAUUGAACAACCUAAGACAAAUGAAAUUCUACCAAACUGUACAGUCAUACUGAAUUGUGCCUUAACACAAGUAAGUCCGAAUAAAGCUCUUCAGAUAUACCUCCAAGUUCCUACAAAUUUAAUUGGCAUAUCUUCAGUUAUCGCCGAUAUAGAACCCAUUAUGACAAAGCGAUUAGGAUGUUCUAUGUUAAUUGUUCUGACUGAUAUUAUUUCUAGAUGCGAAUUCAUCAAUGAACUUGAGGUUAAACUAAAUAACCGUCCAAUGAAUCAAUGUGAUUCUGUCAAAAUUAGGGUUCUGAUGUUUUUUUUGGGGCAUAUGAGGAAACAUAUAACAAACUCCAGGAAAGAGGGAUUCCGAUUACGGAGUAAAUUUCUGUUCAUUGACAACACAGUAAUCCAUGAGGUGUUUCAAAGCGCAUUGGAACCAUUGAUGAAUCAUUUUGAAAGGGAAGUCAACGUUUUGAAUAGAGAAACCAUCCUCAAAGUUAUUCUUGUUGGGGAUUUUUCGAGAUAUGCAAUGACAAAGGUAGUUUUUCAGGAGAGAUUUCCGCAAUAUGAAUUCAUUGUACCAUUAAAUUCAUAUAUGUCGGCGACAAUAGGAGCAACCACAGCUGGACAUGAAAUACAAUCUGAUGAAUCAAACCGUAUUGUAUAUGUUCCAAAAAUGUCAAUUGUUGGGACGUCGCAUAUUGAACAUGAAUUUCUGAGUACAACAUCGGGUGCGUUUGAUAAUUCACUCAGCGAGAAAGCUGCUGCCAAACGUUCUUACCAGAUGCAAUGGUCCUUCGAAAAUUGCUAUAAAACUGCAGGAUCUGCUAAAUCUGAAGAAUUUUUGCUACAGAUCCUUCACGAGGUUUAUGAUGUAUGCAGAACUCAAGCUCAGCCUCAAAUUAACACAAUCAUACAGUCAUUUCAUCCCACCGUCGGGAUAGAUGAUAUUGAAACGUCAUUAUCGUCGGAUGUUGUCAAACCGUUGAUAGAGUAUAGAAGAAAGAAUGCUUUGAAAUAUCUGCCAGGAUUAAUAAAAUCAUUCGCAGAAACAUUGCCAAAUAAGAUCGACAUUUCUAAUACUCAGUUGUCAGUCUGCACUUCAUUUAUCGAGAAAAGUAUGGAGUGCUGCUGGCUCAUGUGUGUUACGGAGCCACCGAUGUUUUUGAAAUUUGAUUGGAACAAUAGUGAACAAAUAGAUUUGUUUCAGUUAGAGAUUGAAGGUGGCGACGGAAAGUACGUUGACAGCAUGCGAUGGCCUACGCUGUAUCUUCAUGAAAAUGGUCCUUUGAUGAACAAGGGCGUUGUAAAUGCGAAAUGACGAAAAAAAUAUUCAACUUCGCUUACAAAACUUUUUUUAUGUUCGAUAGUGAUGAAGCUUACAUGUAUAUUCAAUAUUAUUAUGAUAAUUAUGAUUCAAAGCCUGUAUAAAAUAUUAUAGUCAUUUAAUAAUACAUAGAAUAGAAUAUUCAAAAAAGUCACUGAUGAUGUUUUCGCUGCUUUUUCUCUCGGUUAAAAUGGAUAAUAUCACAGAGACGGAAAAAGAAAUCAGUUAUUCCAAUAAGGUAGAUCACGAUCUGUUGAUAGUAACUUGUCCUUAUUCUAAAACAGUGAGCCAUGUUUAUAUUGAGAGAUGAAUUAUUUAAAAUUAAUUAUAUGGGCAUUUCUAUCAGAUAUGUGUUUCAA